AUAUCACAUCCUCACUCACAAUGCGUUUCUCCUUUGCAAUUUUCCUCGUCGUCGUAGCUCAGAUGGCAUCAUCAAGCUCUGCCACGCCUGUUCAGGCCAGUGUGAUCCAAGGUUGUCCCGUCUUUUGCGUCUACAAACACGAAUGCCGCAGAUGCCCUGGAAAAAGUUGCGUGAGUUAUAGUGGUUUGUGUCCUGGAUUUAACCAUGACUCAUCGAUACGGCAGAUCGCCUUUGUAUGUGCUGUGAGUAGUGUUUCUGCUUUUACAUCGGUGCAGUAUGGUUCAUGACACUGACACGCGAGUCACUAGUGAUCGAUUGUUUUAAAUUACUCGAUAGUCGUCAGCUCAUCUGCAACACAUUUGAAUGUGCAU